AUGACAAAGAUUACAACAAAACAUUCCAAUUUCCUUGAUAGCCUAUCCCCAGGUGUUAAAAAGCAUGUUAAUGUUCUUAAAAACAUUCAGAGCGACCAUGAUGAACUGAAGAAAUUGUUUUACAAGGAAAGACCAAUCCUUGAAGCCAAGUAUCAAAACUUGUUUCAGAAUUUGUACAUUAAGCGAUGCGAUAUUGUGAAUGGUUUUGUUCAAGCUAAUAAAGUGUCUAAUGACUCCGAAGCAUCAAUUAAUCAAGUGGAUAUUACAAAGCAAGAUGUUGAGGCUCCCGAAGAUCACGUAUUCCCUAAUCUUUCACAAUCAGGCCUCGUUUGGUUCAUGGAAAUGAAAACAUGUGAAUUUCUUGAUGAAGAUGAGGCCAUUGUACACAAAGUAACAGGGUUGAAGAUCGAAUGGUAUCCCAAAAACUGCUUGACAUCAAGGGUCAUUAAGAAGCCUAUGAAGGAAUUGAAAAUUGUUGACAUUAGACCGGAACAAUAUAUCCCAAGGAACACAGACGAGAUGAGGCGAGAUCUUUACAUUGGGUUAACCAUUCGAGAUGAGAUCAUUCCUCGUGCUGGUCUAUGGUAUGUAGGGGAGGGUGCACAGGAAGAGAUGGAGAUUUAUUUUGGAGAGUCAGAAGACGAAGAAGGUGAAAACUAG